AUGUGGGAAAAGUGCAGGUCUUUUCAGAUUCUACUGAUGUUUCUUUGGUUUUGCCUUGGCAUAACAACUGCGGAUGGCUUCAACCUAAGUGCCAAAGAGGAUAACAUCCGAUGCAUAGAGAAGGAGAGACGUGCUCUCCUUAUGUUCAAGCAAAGCAUUGUUCAUGAUUCUGGUCGACUUUCGUCAUGGGGAAGCAAAGAUGGAGAAAAAGAUUGUUGUCUAUGGCGAGGUGUCCGGUGUAGCAACAGAACAGGCCAUGUAAUCAUGCUUAACCUUCAUAAUCCUCUUGAUGACUAUUAUGCCUAUCAGAAUAAUCGUCUGAGAGGUACGAUUAAUCCUUCACUGCUUGAACUGCAACAUUUAAGAUAUUUAGACCUUAGUGAAAAUGAUUUUGGAGGAAGUCGAUUUCCAAAUGUAAAUGACUCCCUAAGCAAGUUAAGAUACCUCGAUCUUCAUGGAACUGGAUUAAAUUCUGCAAUACUGUAUCAGCUUGGGAAUCUUUCUUCUUUACGAUAUCUCGACCUUAGUUCGAAUAACCUUAGUGAAGCCAAGGAUUGGCCGCAACUACUCAACAAGCUUCCUUACCUAGAAGACUUGAAGUUGAGCGAUUGUAGUCUUCCGAUUAUCCUUUCUCCACCUUCCCUCACUAAUUCUACUUCAACACAAAUUUCUAUUGAUCUGUCAAGAAACGAACUUACUUCUUCCAUUUACCCGCUGUUGUUCAAUAUUACCAGCCAAAUUGUUGAUCUUAACCUUGAUGAUAACUCGUGA